UAAACUAUUGUUUAUAUACAGAGCACAAGCUUGCGAACUAUAACUAAGAAACUUGUUUAUACAAAUUAUCAAGGCUAAAAACUAAAUAUAACUUGUCAAUUGGGGUACGAAUUAUGUGAAAUGAGAUCAACUGACUCCAAUUUAAUUAGAAACAAGUAAAUAUUGGCAAAUCUAUGCAAACUGUUUCCACAACAAUUAAGCACAGCAAGUGCGGAUCAAAGUACAGGUUAUAUGCUGAUAGCAACGUUCACAAGUACUAGGGCUUCUAGGCAAGUACUUUUCAAGUACUUUCCGUAGGUUUGUCCCUCAUCAACGUCCGAUAAACAGUUGAUAAUAAGUACACGUGGUUUAUGUGACAAAAUCGUCAAUCAAAACAUAACCUGUAGCACCCGGAACCCUUUACUCCAAAAUUCCUCCAACAACAAAGUACACCCUAAAAGUCGAAAUUUCGCGCAAGGACAGCCCUCGAACUCGCGCUAAUCAAUCCGAUAUAUCUCAAAAUCAUUACUCACACUCGUCUCCUGUUACUUUUUGUGUUGUACGACAGCCGUCGUCGGUAGGUUAGACGCUGCACCAUCUUGCUUCUGGAAAAGAAAAUUGGCCGUUACAAAAAUCGUCGGGCUUCGAUACGGGCAUCAACGGCUGCGCCGUUUCUUCUAGUUUAUUGUCGCGACGUUAUUUUUUGCAUCGAUUGUCGGAUUACCGCUUACAAAACGGAUUUUCCGACAAUCGCAAUUUGUUAACAACGAACCUUGGUCAGCCGAGGAACGGAAAAGGAAACGAGCGCCGCUGCGGAGACCUUUCACGCCUGCGCACCGCGCGCUUUCUGGGACGUUUGAUUCUCGAACUGGCGACUAGACGGCUCGCCGACAUCGAUCUAUUCGCCGUAAUUGCUUUUUACUCGUUGUUUAUCCGUAGUGUUACAGUUUUUCUGUAAAAUUAGAUAAGUCACGCAAAGAUCUAGAUCGUAUUUGUCUGUAAGAUCGCUAAUAUUGCAUUUUGCGCAGUUUUUUAAGUUAAUUUUUAUCCGCUCUAGAGUUAUACUUAUUUCGUGGUGUAAUAGGUGUCACCUAUAUAUGUCUUACAUGGUACCGAUAUAUACAUGUAUAUACGCGCUCGCGAAUCGUCGAGAGCAGACGGAAAAUUUGUAAGUCCAAACAACAACAACAACAACGGACGAUGUAAACUUGCAGUGUUGAAUUGCAUUUUGUAACUAAACUAUUGCUAGAUUCUCGCGUUAUCCUCGCCACAAUGAUGUCCCGAAACUGUGUCAACAAAACUUUCGUCAGGACGUUCUUCAAAAACUUUCUUAAGACUAAAUUAGAGAAUGCAGCUCGCAGAAAAGCUCAAAUUGCAUUUGGCAGAUAUGACAUAGUGGAACCAGGAAUUGUGUCAGCAAGAAGAUCUGUCCCUUCAUACAUUCCAAAGCCAGUGUACGCUGACACAGGUAAACCACAGCUUCCACCCACUGAACCAGAGAUCAAGAAUAAGGAUCAAAUAGAAUGUAUGAUACAUAGCUGUAUGUUGGCCAAAAGAGUAUUAAAGGAAAUAAGAUCAGUUGUCAAACCUGGUGUUACCACUGACUUUCUGGAUGAAAAAAUUCAUGAAAUGAUUAUAAAUAACGGAGCAUACCCAAGUCCUUUGAACUACAGAGGAUUUCCAAAGUCAGUGUGUACUAGUAUCAAUAACGUAGCCUGUCAUGGAGUACCGGAUGAUCGUCCUUUACAGGAUGGAGAUAUUAUAAACAUUGAUGUCACAGUAUUCUUGAAUGGACAUCAUGGAGAUUGUUCUGAAAUGUUUGAAGUUGGAAAAGUAGAUGAAGAGGGCAAAAAGUUAAUUGAAGCAACAGAAGUCUGUCUGCAAAAAGCUAUUUCUAUUUGUAAACCAAAUGAAAAAUUUUGUAAUAUAGGCAAAGUUAUAGAAGAAACUGCUGGAAAGCAGGGAUUUACUGUACUACCAGCAUUUGGUGGUCAUGGUAUUGGUUCAUACUUUCAUGGACCUCCAGACAUCAUUCAUAUUGAAAAUGAUUAUAAAGGAGUGAUGAAAGCAGGAAUGACAUUUACCAUUGAACCAGUUUUAUCUCAAGGAAAAGAGGAUGUUGGAAUUUUAGAAGAUGGCUGGACAGCUGUAACACUCGACAAUGCUAGAGCUGCACAAGUAGAGCACACAAUACUGAUCACUGACAAUGGUUGUGACAUUUUAACUAGACCAAAUUAAAAAUAAUUGUAAAUAACUGUUAAGUACAAAGAGUCUGGAAUAUUUAUUCAAUGUUUAAUAAAAUGCUUGUUUCACGAAUCAG